UCCCAAACUUUUCCUCCCUGCGCUCGGGGAGUCAGGUUGACGCGCCCUGGAUGAGGGGCUCGAGGCGCGGGGCUGGGCGCGCUCCCGCGGAGCCGGAGCCGAAGAGGCUCCCGGGCUGGACUCGGGCUUCUCAGGUAAUCUGACAUCUUAAAGAUUUUGAAGAGGAAACAUUUCAAAGGAACACAGGCUGUAAAAGAAGAAAUCUUCAUGGACUCUGUGUGGAUGGUGCACCAAUCCAUCCUUCAUUGAGGCCAUGAGCUCUUCUAAUCCCUUGGGUGUUCCCAUGUUCUCCAGUGAGAACUCCUCCACUUCAUUUGGUGCCAUGGGAAAAACCUGAAGGACAGGAAGAAUUGCUCCCGACCUUGUGGCUUUUUCCAGGAUUGCAGUGGCUCUUACAGACCAUGACAAUUGGAGAUCAUUCGUGUUGUCUUUCGGAGUCGAACCAAAGAACACGCUUCCUCAUUCUCUGGUGUUUUAGCGCCUGAUCAUUUUUAUAUUUGUUUCUGUUGCUCGUGCCUUUCAACCAUCUUAUGUGAUCACGAGACGUCCUUGAAGUUUUCCAGCACGACUUGAAGGCAUCCGGACUCCUUGGGGGCUCGCCCAUGGCUCGGCGGGCCAGCAGUCCAAGGGCAUUACGAUGAGGCACUGCAUUAAUUGCUGCAUCCAGCUCUUGCCCAACGAAGCACACACACAGCAGGUCAGCUGCCGAGGAGGCCCCCAUCACAGUCGCCAGGAGUGCCCCAUGUGCAAAGGAGAAAACAAAAUUGUGUUUCGAGUGGACGGUAAGCAGAUGAACUUGCUUGCCAUUCUCGAAGUGAGGGCUGAAGGGAAUGAGAGCUGGAGUGGGUUUUUGCGCUUCAAGAAGGGGAAGCGAUGCAGCCUCGUUUUUGGAUUGAUAAUAAUGACGUUGGUGAUGGCUUCUUACAUCCUUUCUGGGGUCCACCAAGAGCUUCUGAUCUCAUCGCCUUUCCAUUACGGAGCCCUCCCCAGCAAUCCCAGCUUGAUGGACGGUGAAAAUCCGAGUGACACAAAAGAGCAUCAUCACCAGCCCUCUGUAAAUAAUAUUUCGUACGUGAAGGACUAUCCAAGCAUUAAAUUAAUUAUCAACAGCAUCACAGCCAGGAUUGAGUUCACAACCAGACAGCUCCCAGACGUGGAAGAUCUCAAGAAGCAGGAAUUGCACAUGUUUUCAGUCAUCCCGCACAAAUUCCUCCCCAACAGCAAGAGCCCCUGUUGGUACGAGGAGUUCACGGGGAGGAACACCACCGACCCCUACCUGACCAACUCCUACGUGCUCUACUCCAAGCGCUUCCGCGCCACCUUCGACGCCCUGCGCAAGGCCUUCUGGGGCCACCUGUCCCACGUGCACGGCAAGCACUUCCGCCUCCGCUGCCUGCCGCACUUCUACAUCAUCGGGCAGCCCAAGUGCGGCACCACCGACCUCUACGACCGCCUGCGGCUGCACCCGGAAGUGAAGUUCUCCGCCAUCAAGGAGCCGCACUGGUGGACCCGGAAGCGCUUCGGAAUCGUCCGCCUGAGAGAUGGUCUGCGGGACCGCUAUCCUGUGGAAGAUUAUCUGGACCUCUUUGACUUGGCUGCACACCAGAUUCAUCAAGGACUGCAGGCCAACUCUGCAAAAGAACAGAGCAAGAUGAAUAGAAUCAUUAUCGGGGAGGCCAGCGCCUCCACCAUGUGGGAUAACAAUGCCUGGACGUUCUUCUACGACAACAGCACGGAUGGUGAGCCCCCCUUUCUGACCCAGGACUUCAUCCACGCCUUUCAGCCAGACGCAAAACUGAUCGUCAUGCUCAGGGACCCCGUGGAGAGGUUGUACUCAGACUAUCUCUACUUUGCAAGUUCGAAUAAAUCUGCAGAUGACUUCCAUGAAAAAGUGACAGAAGCGCUGCAGCUGUUUGAAACUUGCGUGCUGGGUUAUUCACUGCGCGCCUGUGUCUACAACAACACUCUUAACAACGCCAUGCCUGUGAGGCUGCAGGUCGGGCUGUACGCCGUGUACCUUCUGGACUGGCUCACGGUCUUUAAUAAAGAACAGUUCCUCAUUCUCCGCCUGGAAGACCACGCCUCUAACGUCAAGUACACCAUGCACAGGGUCUUCCAGUUUCUCAGCCUCGGGCCCUUAAGUGAGAAACAAGAGGCCUUGAUGACCAAGAGCCCCGCCUCCAACGCGCGGCGUCCCGAGGACCGGAACCUGGGGCCCAUGUGGCUGGUCACACAGAGGCUCCUGCGGGACUUCUACGGGCCUUUCAACGCCCGGCUGGCGCAGGUCCUCGCCGACGAGGCCUUCCUGUGGAAGAAGACGUGAGGCCGGGUUCCCGCUGCCGCCAUGAUUUCCAUGCUUUGAAAAUCUCUCUUGGUGGGGAACCCUUUCGCUCAGAGCCUGGAGAAAACCCCUCCCCAGGCCCACGUUUAUGGAAACCAGUUCAGAAUUUCCUUUGUGAUGUUAAACAGCCCGGCGAUGGACCCUUCACCGAGCCUCGGAUGGAGGCUGUUGGAAAUUCCACUUGGGAAAGGGUCCCCUUGUGCUCCGAGAGUGGCUGGGGUCCAGGGUGAGGCCGGUGGGCGCUGGGCUGCGUGCCGGGAGGGAAGCGUGGAGUCUGGGCUUUGACAAUUCUGAGUGGAGGUCCCGCCCCGGGGCUGGCCAGACGUACACUACACAUUCAGCUUCGAAACCCUCUGUUUAGAUCACUAACCUCAUGUUGACGGAGAAUGGAGGCUCUCAUUUUUUUUCCCCUUUUACCCCAAAGUCAGCCCUUCCGUCUCUUCAGAUUUAAACCCUGUUAACUUCACUGUUGACGAGAAAAAAGACACAAGUCGAUUUUUGGUAGCACAUUCGUGUCUCGGACCUCCUCCCCUUCUGUCCUUAUGGACUUCACUUAUGUUUAACAGAAAACGAACGCAUUUAAAACAAACCACUUUCUACAUUUCACUGGCUGGAGCUUUCU